CCAUUGAAUCUCCUCCACCUUUACUUUGUCAAUUUCUGCGCUUUCAUUGAAUUGCACUGCAAGAGCGGCAUCGAUCUAAAGCCUGCAGCAGUCCCAGCACGACAACGUACACUCCUGUCCCUUAACAGAUGAGGACUACAUCAGCAGACUGGUUUAUUAUCAAACGGGUGGACUGAAUCCGCACUUACACUGGAAGAAGUGAGAACCAACACCGCGGGAGAGAGAUUUCCCGUCGCAGAAGCGUCACUUCUCUGUAGUUGGCUAAUGAUUUUUAUUAAUUCCCAACUUGUCUUAAUCCACCGAGGACAAAACACAGCGAUGAUAAGACUUCAGGACGCUCACGAGAGUUUUAUUUCGUCAUUUUAACUCUGAAUUUCGACAUCAACCGCUUAUUACGAGGAUUAAAACCGAUAUUUGUGUGGGGUUUCUUUCAAGAAAGGAAAUACAAUGCCGGACCAGAUCACAGUGGCUGAGUUUGUGGCGGAGACCAAUGAAGAUUAUAAAUCGCCCACCGCCUCAAACUUCACCACAAGAAUGACUCACUGCAGGAAUACUGUAGCCGCACUGGAGGAGGCCCUCGAUGUGGACCGCAGUGUCCUUUACAAGAUGAAGAAGUCAGUUAAGGCCAUUUACACCUCCGGUCUGGCUCAUGUGGAGAACGAGGAGCAGUACACUCAAGCUCUGGAGAAGUUUGGAGAGAACUGUGUGUACCGAGAUGACCCUGACUUGGGAUCAGCCUUCCUGAAGUUCUCAGUCUUCACAAAGGAGCUCACAGCCCUCUUCAAGAACCUGUUCCAGAACAUGAAUAACAUCAUUACCUUCCCAUUGGACAGUCUGCUGAAGGGAGAUCUGAAAGGGGUUAAAGGGGAUCUCAAGAAGCCCUUUGAUAAAGCCUGGAAAGACUAUGAGACUAAAGUUUCUAAAAUCGAGAAGGAGAAAAAAGAGCACGCCCGACAGCACGGAAUGAUCCGGACGGAGAUCAGUGGAGCGGAGAUAGCAGAGGAGAUGGAGAAGGAGCGCCGUUUCUUUCAGCUUCAGAUGUGUGAGUACCUCCUCAAAGUCAAUGAAAUCAAGAUCAAGAAAGGUGUCGACUUGCUUCAGAAUCUCAUCAAAUACUUUCAUGCACAGUGCAACUUCUUUCAGGAUGGUCUCAAAGCAGUGGACAACCUCAAACCCUCAAUAGAGAAACUCGCCACAGACUUGCACUCGAUCAAACAGGUACAGGAUGAAGAACGCAGGCAGCUAUCCCAGUUACGGGAUGUGUUAAAGACCACUCUGCAAGUGGAGCAGAAGGAGUCUAGGAGAGACUCACAGGUUAGACAGAGCGCCACCUACAGUCUGCACCAACCCCAGGGUAACAAAGAACACGGGACGGAGCGCAGCGGGAACCUUUACAAGAAGAGUGAUGGGCUGCGGAAAGUGUGGCAGAAGAGAAAGUGCACGGUCAAGAAUGGUUAUUUGACCAUCUCGCACGGGACGGCUAACAGACCUCCUGCCAAACUCAAUCUUCUCACCUGUCAAGUGAAGCACAACCCAGAGGAGAAGAAAAGUUUUGACCUCAUCUCCCAUGACAGAACAUAUCAUUUCCAGGCAGAGGAUGAGCCAGAGUGUCAAAUAUGGAUCUCAGUGCUGCAGAACAGCAAGGAGGAGGCGCUCAACAACGCCUUUAAGGGUGACCAGCAUGUGGGGGAGAACAACAUUGUGCAGGAGCUGACCAAGGCCAUCCUGGGUGAGGUCAAGCGGAUGGCGGGUAACGAUGUCUGCUGUGACUGCGGAGCUCCCGGCCCCACGUGGCUCUCCACCAACCUGGGCAUCCUGACAUGUAUCGAGUGUUCAGGGAUCCACCGAGAGCUGGGCGUUCACUACUCCAGAAUCCAGUCACUAACACUAGAUGUUCUCAGCACCUCAGAGCUCUUGCUUGCCAAGAAUGUGGGGAAUGCUGGGUUUAAUGAGAUCAUGGAAGCUUGUCUGACAGCAGAAGAUGUAAUCAAACCAAAUCCGACCAGUGACAUGCAGGCGAGGAAAGACUUCAUCAUGGCUAAAUACACAGAGAAGCGCUUUGCUCGUAAGAAGUGUCCAGACGCGCUGUCCAAACUGCACACACUCUGUGACGCUGUGAAGGCCCGGGACAUUUUCUCUCUCAUCCAGGUCUAUGCUGAGGGUGUGGACCUAAUGGAGCCCAUUCCUCUGGCCAAUGGCCAUGAACAAGGUGAGACAGCCCUUCAUCUGGCCGUGAGACUGGUGGACAGAACCUCCCUUCACAUCGUCGACUUCCUCACCCAGAACAGUUUAAACCUGGAUAAGCAAACAGCUAAAGGAAGCACAGCGCUGCAUUACUGCUGCCUGACGGACAACAGCGAGUGUCUCAAACUGCUGCUGAGAGGAAAAGCCUCUAUUGACAUCGCUAAUGAGGCUGGUGAAACGCCACUGGACAUCGCCAGGAGACUCAAACACCUGCAGUGUGAGGAACUGCUGAACCAGGCACUUGCAGGGAAGUUCAACGCUCAUGUGCAUGUGGAGUACGAGUGGAGACUUCAGCAUGAAGACCUUGACGAGAGUGAUGAAGAUCUGGAUGAGAAGUCCAGUCCUCACCGGCGGGACGAGAGGCCCAUCAGCUGCUACACUCCGGGCAGUAAUCCCCUUCAGCCCAGUCCGGCCAGCCUGGCACGAGACGCACGAGACAUAGUCAAAGACAAGCAGCGGUUUGUGCCCAACCUGGUCAACAACGAGACCUACGGCACCAUCAUCAACACCAACUCACCGGUCGCCCUGUCCACCUCCGCUCCACCUCUGCCCCCACGAAACUUAGUUCAGCCGUCUGGUCUUGCUGGAAUGGCUCAGGGAUCUCCCGGUUGGAAACCUGGCUCCCUAGAUCUGACCGGCAGGCAGCGAUCUUCCUCUGACCCCCCCAACAUGCAUCCUCCAGCGCCCCCCUUACGGGGCACAUCCACUUCCCUUCUUGUGCCCAGCGGAGCUCCCCAUCCUGUGUCUAAAACUGGCAGUAUGAUGGAGGCCAUGACUAUACAACCCAAACCCGGACAGGGGCCUCCUGGUCAGAACAUCAACCGGGCUACGAGCAUGGAUAAAAGCUUCAGUAAAAACACACUGAUGCGUUCCGGAUCCAUCGAGAGACCAGGUAGAUGUCAGAGAAACCAUGUUGACUCUAAAGAAGUUCCUGGAGGCCCCCAAAACACCACUGGUCAAACUCUGCCUGCUACACACAUGCCCAGGAAAACUUACCUGAGGCCGAAGCGUGUGAAGGCCAUGUAUAACUGUGUGGCUGAUAACCCAGACGAGCUGACGUUCUCUGAGGGAGAGGUGAUCGUGGUGGAUGGUGAGGAGGACCAGGAGUGGUGGCUGGGGCACAUUGAGGGAGAGCCAAAUAGAAGAGGAGCGUUUCCUGUCACAUUCGUGCAUUUCAUCAUGGACUGAAGUUCAGAGAUCACAGACACUGAGUUGGACCGAUGAUGAUGGCACUUCUCUGCUUCUGUGUGGCCUCACUGACCAUCAUCAUCAUCAUCUUCAUCCCCUUAGUCGUGAGGCUUGUGUCUUUACUGAGCUCUCAAAAUCCCUGGCUCUCACAUGGCUUGAGUGGCGCUGGAAUAUAACCGCUUUCUAGGCUUUUUGUUUUUGGUUUGUGGACCAGAUAUGAUUCAGAAUGACAGGCAAUGAAUGCACUUUUAACUUAAUUUAUCACCACCACAGUUCUAAUGACAAAUGUCACCAAAAUGAAGGUUUUACUCUGAAAUCAUUCACAUCCGUAUUCCUGUUAGAUAGACGGCUCUACAGCGUACAGUUGUUUUUGAAGUACACAGAUCUGUGAAUAUGGUCUUAUUUGCCCACAUUCUAUGAUUGGCAAGGACAGACAGAAGGAUAAUCUUUUGAGGACUCGGUUGGAAAAGAGCUUCGUCAACGGUGCUAAACCAGGAAUAUGCUACGAGAGCUGUCCAACGUCCCCAUUUCACACUACCUGCCCCAGUGCGGAGUGUAUAAAUAGACCUCCCAUCGCUCACACAUGGGAAAUAUCUCAAGUGCACUGUGUGGACGAGAGAGACAGAGAAACGGACAGACACAAGAGUGCUUUGUGCUGGCUGAGGGACAGGGCACGUGGAGACUGAACAGAAGUAAUCUUGACCUUGUGCCUGCUGGGAGAUUUGAGCGGCGUGACAGUCUGCAUGAACAUUCGGUGGCCUCCAGAGAGAGCAAUGGAGCAUCAAAGAGGUUUAUUUCAGUUUAGAUAUUUAUAAUUCAGAGCUGUUCUUGAUUUAGAUGCUCUUAUUGAUUUGAAUGAUCUUUUGCAGACCUUCCUUCAGUGUGCAGGCCGUCUGUAGAACGCUGUAAUUUAUCACCUGGCUCAUUCGUUCUUAAAGUGAUAGAGCAAAAAUGAAAGUAUGGUCAUUUGUUUACCCUCAUGUUCUUUCAAACAGUGCUUUUUCAUAACAGGAACUGUGGGUGUUGUGUACCAUCCUUUAUACCAAAUCUGAUGAAGUAACCACUGUAACUUUGUGUGAGGAAGAAACCAGUAUUUAAAUGGAUUGUUCACCAAAACACUUUCAUGUCGUUCCAAACCUGUAUGAGUUAUUUAUUCUAUGGAACACAAAAGAUAUUUUGAAGAAUGUGGGAACCAAACAACAUUGGAGCCUAUUGACUUCUAUUGUAAAGACAAAAAUAACUUAUUUUGAAUAAUAAUAAUAAUAAUCUAAUUUUGUGUUUCACAAAGUCAUACAGAUUUGGAAUGAGGGAGAGUAUUAAAUUGUUAUUUGCUGAAAAUCAUCUUCUGUGGUUCUCAUAUCCCGUUCAGUUUAAACAUGCUGUGUCAAGACAUGCCAAGCCAGUUUUAUGAGAACCAAACUUAAUAAACAAAUGAUGUCAGACUUUGGCACGGCAUGUUGCGUUAAAGUCAAAUGCAAGUUUGAAUGAGAUUUGUGGUCAAAGGGGAAGAUAUUGAAAGAAAA